GUAGCCUGCCCCACGGAGUUCUUCAUCGCUGGAGGUUUUUUAAGAAAAGACUGAACAGCCACCCGUCUGAAAGGGUAGAGGGUCUCCUGCUUGAGCUGGGGGUUGGACUAGAUGACCUCCAAGGUCCCUUCCAGCUCUGUCUUCCGAUGGAUAGAUUGAUUGAAGCCUUUUCUUGUUGGCUUUAAAUUGUUCUUCCAGUGUCUUAGAAGGGGAGGCGCAGACUUUCCUUGCAGGUUGAGUAUAUCUGGCUUGUCCAGAGGAAAGCCGCGUUCAGCGUCCGCAGGCUCCUUGCUAGAUGCAGCUGGGAAGGAGAGGAGCUGAGUAGACGCCAUGUGAGGAAGCCUUCGAGAUGGAUAUGCCAAAGUUAGGUGGAGAAUGGAGAGGUGCUCCAGACCUUUCUGCAACUGAGCCCGAGGAAGGCAGGGAGGCCCGGGCUGGAGUCAGGCGGGAGACCGUCUCCGAGGAGCCUCUCGGCUCAGAGGUCGAACGCUUCCGCCACUUUUGCUAUCUGGAGUCCGUGGGACCCCGGGAAGUUUUCAGCCUCCUGCAGCAGCUUUGCCAUCGAUGGCUGAAACCUGUGAAGAGCAGCAGAGCUCAGGUGGUGGACUGGGUGAUCCUGGAGCAGUUCCUAGCCAUGCUGCUCCCGGAGAUGGCGGGCUGGCUGAAGGAGUGCGGGACGGAGAGCUGCUCCCAGGCAGUAGCCCUGGCUGAAGGCUUCCUGCUCAGCCAAGCCGAGGAGCAAAGGCAGCAGAUGAGAGAGACUCGAUCCUGGGAGAAUCGCCUUGGGAUAUAGUUUCCUUUGAUUGACUUGUCCGCCUCAAAUGCACUUUGCAGCAAUAGAAGAGACUUUGGUUUCCCUCCAUUUCAGCUCCAGAGUGGUGUUUCCCCAGCCAGAUUAUUCCACAGGAAGGAGGAUUUGCAUCUUUACCUAUGGAUAUAAAAUAGUCCAUCUUUGAAGGCGUAGAAUACUUCCCUUGUUCCAAUGUUCGGUUGU